UCAAGUUUCUGCGCCUGUCUUGCAGUCCAGUGCCCUGCGCCGCGAAGAACUCGUUCCCUGAGCUGUCUGAGCUGCUGGCAAGUCGCAAAAGCUCCAGGAGGUGCAGGCUGUCCCGCGUGCCCACAGGAGAAGGAAGGUCGUCUCACCAUGGAAACUCUGCACACUGAGGACGAAGGCAUGCCUUCCAACCAAAGAAUGACUGAAAGCAGACAGCCACAGGCUUCGGGAAAUCCAGAGGCAGCUAGUACUCCGGAAAACAAGGACGAACUCGGGAAUAAGGGAAAGACAGAAGUUAAGCAAAUGCUCCUGGAGAAGGGAAAGCCUGAGAGUGAGGGAAAGGCCAAGGAAGGCGAGCCGGGGAGUGAGGGAACCGCAAAAGAGAAGGGUUCUGCAAAGCUGGAGCCAGAGACCAGGGCUGCAGAAAAGCGCCCGGCCGAGGAUGAUGUACCCAGGAAAGCCAAAAGAAAAACCAACAAGGGGCUGGCUCAGUAUCUCAAGGAGUAUAAAGAGUCCAUACACAAUAUGAAUUUCAGCAAUGAGGACAUGAUAAGAGAAUUUGACAACAUGGCUAGGGUGGAGGAUGAAAGGAGAAAAUGCAGACAGAAACUGGGGGCUUUUGUGUGGAUGCAAAAAAAUUUACAGGACCCCUUCCACCCGAGGGCCCCAACGGAUUUCAGGGGUGGCUGCAAGGCCCCACGAAGGGACCUUGAAGACAUUCCUUAUCUGUAGUGUCCCUGCAGGCAUUUGUCACAUCCUGUCUUUUAACCUUCCGCUAAUUCUUGGCUUUAGAUGUACUGUUACUCAAGUGCAAUACUCCUGUUUCCACAGCGAAUUUGCACCACCGGCAUUACAAAAUGUCAUGAUUCUUGGAAAAAUAAAGCAAAGAUGG